AUGGCUACCAGCAACCACGCCCUCCCGCCUGGGCACCCGGACGCGGCGCCCAGGUCGCCGAAGCGGGAGGACACCAAGCUGCCCUUCUGCAUCAGUCUCCUCCUGUGCGGCUCGAAGCCCGCGCUGCGCCAGGCGCCGCCCCCGCGAGACAUAGCUGCCGAGGGCGACCAGCUUCAGAAAUACAGGUUCUCGAACUCGCAGCGCCUGGUGCGUCCCCGGCCCGCCUGCGCGCCCCUGCGCGCCCUUACUUUCAGGCAGCCCGCUCGAGGCCGGUCGGGGCCCGCGCGUGCGCGAGCCGCUGCAACGACGGCGUGCUGA